UCGGAUAACCUAAGUUGUUAAUAAAUAUAUAUUUUUUUUCAAGUUGCGUUUCAAAUCUCAUUCUCAAUAUAAUUAAGUUUCGUUAUAAAAAUCAAAUAAUGGGAAAUGAAGUUAAUAUUAAUUAUAAUAUCGUAAAAUAUAUGUCUGAGUUUAGUGUCGGAGUGCAGUUGUGGCCAAAUGUAACCUAUAAGUCUCUGUUUUCUUGUUGUGAUUUCACAUGUUUCACGUUGCAACUUUGAAACAAAUACACAUAGUGAAUAUAAAAAUCAAGGAUCAAUAAACAGUAAAAAGGUGCAUUCUCGUCGGAUCAUUGUUUACUUCCAAGUCUUAUAGUUUAUAGGCGAGAGGAGCAUGUCAUAUAUUUGGAGCUUACGGUGUAAUGUUGAUUAAAAAGGUGUUAUUAUGUGCCUUAUUAUGUUGAAAUGUAGUCUUUUUUAAUUUAAAAAAGUUAAAUAUGACUUCGAGAACUACGUUUGUGGCGCAGGAAGGCCCGGCAAAUGCCUUGGCUCUCAACAGAGAUAAUGGUCAAGUUGUUAUUGCUGGUCGAAAUGUAUUCAAAAUAUUUACGUUACACGAGGACAGAUUUGAGGAAACUAUUAAUCUUCGAGUGGGGAAAAACUUAAACUUGAAUUUUUCAUGUAACGAUGUUGCAUGGAAUCUUAUAGACGAUCACAUACUAGCGACGGCCGCAACGAAUGGAGCAGUCGUCUUAUGGAAUUUGAAUAAAGCAUCUCGAUCAAAACAAGAACAUGUUUUUGGGGAUCAUAAAAGAACUGUGAAUAAAGUGAGUUUUCACAUAACCGAACCUAUGUGGCUGAUAUCAGGAUCACAAGAUGGAACGAUGAAGUGUUUUGAUCUGAGAAUUUCAGAAGCAGCGAAAACAUUUUAUAGUAACACGGAAUCGGUGCGAGAUGUGCAAUUCUCACCUCAUCAGCCUCACACCUUCGCAGCAGUUUCAGAAAACGGCCAUGUUCAACAGUGGGAUUUACGUCGACCUGAUCGAUAUUUCCAGCACUUUGCAGCCCACAGUGGACCCAUUUUUGCUUGUGAUUGGCAUCCUGAAGCCAAUUGGCUGGCGACCGCUUCCAGAGAUAAAACAAUAAAAGUUUGGGAUUUAUCAACAAAACCGGCUUGCGAAUAUACGAUUCAUACGAUAGCUUCGGUCGGUCGAAUCAAGUGGAGGCCUCAACGCAAAUUUCACAUAGCAAGCUGUGCCCUUGUCGUGGACUGUAGCAUCAACGUCUGGGACAUUAGGAGACCCUAUAUUCCUUUUGCAAGCUUCAACGAACACAGGGACGUUGCAACCGGCAUUGCCUGGAGAGGAGACCCUCAAUCCUUCCUUUCCACGAGCAGGGAUUGCACUCUUUACCAUCACGUUUUUAAAGACGCAACGAGACCUGCGAGUAAAGCGAAUCCACAAGGAGUAGCUCUGAAUCCGAAAGGCGAUAUUGCAUACGCUUGCAAAGUAAAUGUUAACGCUCCAACUGCAAUCAAACAACUGACUAAUAUUAUGAGAAAAACACCAGCCAGCAAUGACACUUUUUGUUUGGCUUCGAGUGUAAUGCACAGGUUUACAAUAAAUGCUCCUAGAGAACCAAAAUGGUUCAAAGCUUGUGCAGAAGGAUACAUGUUGAAUGGAAGACUGAACGAUAUUUGCGAUCACAAUGCCAUUGUUGCCAGCAAAGCUGGUAGAAAUGACGUGAGCACCGUAUGGUACAUUAUAAAAACUCUCUAUGCAAAUCCACUGGGAAAUAUUUUAAAAACUCCACCAACUGUGAUGAAAGAGGACGUCGUUAAUACGAUAAAUUUAACUCAAAUUACUUUGGGUAAUGCACUCGACCAGUCAAAUUCAGUGCACGAGACCGAUGUUAAAUCCAUUCAAGGCGAAGCUCCUGGAAUUAUAAGCGGAGGCGAUGAUGAGACUGAAACUGACGAGACACCAGACAAUCCGAAUUUUAUUGGACCUAUUUUGCCCAGGCACUUUUCGGAACGCGUUUACAGAAGAUCCUUCCCAGGUCACAAGCGGCAACAAAAGGGAGAUUUUCUUUUCGGAGAAGGUGAACUCGAACCGGUGAAUAUGGAAAUCACGAGUGGUUUCAUUGACAACAUGAUAAAUAACGACAAUGACUGGACUCUUCCAAAAGAAGCUUUUCCUCUUCGUCACGAAAUCCAGGACAGGUCGCCCCCUCCAGAGCAAUUCCCCAAUCACUCGCCAGACAUCAACGAUGACUCUGUAUCUGUGAUGGUUGAAGAUCAACCUUGCCAGUUGAUAGUAAAUUCAGUUCCCAAGCCUUCCUUUUGGGAUCCAACCCACCUUGUCGAAAAAGCUCUGAAACAUCACGCUGCUCUCCGGGAUAUUCAGACGACCGCUUCCAUUCUAAUUGCUCUUGGAGAUAGGCGAAAGAGCUUAAAUAUCGAAAUUACGAUUCAGGAGCAUUGGCUUCUUGAGUAUAUAGACAUGCUGGGAAGGUUUCGACUCUGGGAAGUCGCUACUCAGAUAAUACAAUUAGCCUGGAUUCCUUCAGUCUCGCAAUUAAAUCAGCAAUCAACUACCAUUCAUGCGUGUUGCACAAAUUGUACCAAACCUUUACAGAGAGCAGCAUGGUUGUGUGAUCGAUGUCAUACGGCGAAACAUGCUCUUUGCUCCAUUUGCCAUCAGGUCGUUCGUGGUGUAUAUUCCUGGUGUCAAGGUUGCACACAUGGAGGUCAUGUGGUCCACAUGUCAGAGUGGUUUAGUUCAAAUCGUCAGUGUCCAACUGGUUGCGGUCAUCUCUGUGAAUUCACGUAGUCCCAUAUCAGUUUAAUAUUUAAGUAGUGUAAGUUAAACACUGCUUAUCAGCAUUGUUUCUAUUUAAGAAAAGGCUCCUAUUCUUCAGACUACUAUUUUCCAAGAGAAGUAUACGAUUAUUUUACACAAAGACUUAGUUAUCAAAUCAAUUUAAAAACCAAAUCGGGAGCCUCGAUCUCUUCAAAUUUAGAGGCUUUGAAUUACGUUAGAAAAAGAAUAUGUGCAAAUUGCAGAAAUUAAUUUAAAUGACGAUGAGUGAUUUAUGUGUACAGGGUAAAAGCAGCUUAAAAAAAUUAAUUUCGGACCUCUCGAAAAAGGUAUCCCAUCAGAAUUGUUGCUUUGCCCUAUUUGUAUAUUAUGUAAAUAUUACAUAUCUGCGUAAUUUAAGCAGUUAAUUUGUAAAAAAAAAUUCUCCAACAUUUAGUAAAGGACUUUAACUAGUAUUAGUGAAUAGAAAAUGAUAGAACGAACAAUUAAUGCACUUUGAAUAUUAUUUAUUAUAGAAUAAAAAAUGUAUUUUUAUAUUACAACUAAAAUAAUUA